AGGCAGAACUAAUUGAAUUUAUAUGUUGUUGAUUGUAACUGAUCAAAAGUAAGUUCAAGUAAAUGAGCGAGGGAUGCAAGAGCGAUGAUCACACGUGGAGCCUCUGAAGAUGGACCCCCUGCUUUUCUGGCGGUCUGGCCUGACAGAAGACGACACUUCAGGGGUGAAGAGUUCUCCCUUCACUGCUCAGUAAAUGAUGGGAAUUCAACAGGCUGGAUGUUGCGGAGGGUUCAGGGAGGGGAAGUGAGAUCUGGCUGUUUGCAGUUAAAUGGCACAGAAUCUACAGGCAGGCCUGAAGAAUGUGGAUUUACAGACAUCGACAGUAAGAACAGCGGAUUGUACUGGUGUGAGGGUCACGAUGGAGACAAGAAAAGCAACUCUAUUAACAUCACUGUGAGCUAUGGUGAGGUGCGUCUCCUGAGCCCAGUUCUCCCAGUGAUGAAAGGAGAUUCAGUAACUCUGCAAUGCAAAGUCAAAUUGUAUGAACUCAACCAGAUUAUAUUCUACAAAAAUGGUGUCCAAGUCCUGUCACUAAAUGGCACUCGGAUGACAAUUGAGAAUGUCAGCCAAGCAGAUGAGGGCUUCUACAAGUGUGCUAUCGCCAAUUCAACUUUGGAGAGUCCAGAAAACUGGCUUUCAGUUAGAGAGAACUCAACAGCUGAUUCAAAUGCCGAAAGGCCAUCUUCAGGAUCCCUGGUGUGGUUGUCAGGGCUCUGUAUAAUCUUGGUUCUUCUGGUGGUUCUUCCUGUGCUCUGGCUGAUGUUUCCAGGUCUUAGAGAGAAAUUGCUCGCCGGUUUAAAUGGGGCAGUUAGAAGAGAAAGGAUCCAACAGGAAAUGCCUAAAACCAAGCAGGACGUGACUGAAGUCCAGUGGGAUCUUCCCUGGAUGGAGAUGGACAAUCUGUUGGACAAGCAACAACAUCCUGGCAGCUGAACAUUCUUCUAAACAUUUUUCAGAUAUGCAUUCCUUCGUGUGUUUUUCAAGUUAGAAAAUAGGCACUGUGGUCCAUAAGUAAUGGAAAAUAUGACAUGUGAAUAAGAGACAUUGAUAUUUACUGUAUGUAUAAAAUCACAAUAUUGGAAAAUCAAAACAAUGUGUUUCAGCAAGACCUUGUUUCAUCCACCUAAUCGAUAUCUACAGUAGCCUAUUAGGUUACCGUCAUUUACUGACGGUGACGUGAAAACUGCUCACCCCUGAAGAGUCAUCUGCUGUUAGGCAGAGAAAUGAGAGGACAUAAGGUUGGGUGUGUGAGAGGUGGAAAUGAAUUAUGAUAAAUACCUGUUCACGCUGAGAGAAUCUCAAGAGUCCAUUGGGAAACUAUUCGAAUGACAAUGUAUGCCAGAUUAGGAUUUGUGCAUUCAUACAUGCUGCUUAAAUUUGUUUAUAGGCUACUUGAUGCAGUCGCAUGAGGGCGUGGGUGCAAUCGUAAUCAUAAAAUCCGAAAGUAAAUGAGUUGCAGACGAGUGUAGCCGAAUACGUUUUCUAUACCAAAGCUGACAAGACAAUCCAGGACUCAUUAAAUUAAGCAACAGUAUUUCCUAUAAAGGAAUCUAUGUAACAUUUAAACACUCAUUUAUCUCAAAUGUAAAUUCAUAUAACAGUGUAAAGUUAUAUUUUAGUAUUAAACAUUUAUUUCAAUGUUCACUAAUGUAUUGCUUUAAGUUUAGUAUUAAUUUUAAAUGUAGCCUUGGCUACAUUAGAUGAUAGCAUACAUAAAUUUAUUAUAUAAGAUUUAAAAGACAUACAAACAUAUAACUUAGGGGCCAACCCACGAAGUGGCGUAGACACCUAUUGCUUCCUAUAGUGUCCUUAUUAUUCUGCUUCUUCUUCUUCUGCCAUGGAAGUCUAUGGCAGCCCAUAGAACCGUACAUGGGAAAGUUGUGAAAUUUUGCUGUUACCAUGGCAAAUAUGGAGUCUCUAUCCCAAACUCUAUAGCGCCACCAACAGUCCAAACGUCCACAUACGUUUUUGCCUAUAACUUUUGAACCGAACAUCAAAUAUGACAUUGUCAUAAAAUGCUGUAUUUUUCAAAUGCAAUAACGUAUCGUGACGUAACUUGGCUAAGUUCAUCAAGGUCAAGUUCUGAGAUGACUUGUAAAGUAAUAGGCCAGCGUCCCCUCAAGAGAUAUAAUGAAAUGUCAUGGUCCUGCAUUCUUGGUUCUGUACUUCUAGUCAUGUGGCAGGAUCGGGACGGAGCCCUUAGGUUCUAUGUGAGAAAGCCAUGAGUUGUUUGUUUUGACAGCUCAUGUGUUUUCUCGUGUCUUGUCAUUGGCCCCGCCCCUCUCGUUUCAUGUAUUGCUUCCCUGCCGUGUCUAAUGUUUCCCACCUGCCCUGUGUAAUUAUCCCUCGUUUGUCUCUCCUUUAAAAUGCCCUGUUGUUUCAUUGUCUUGUUGCUCGUGUAUUACAUAUGGUGAGUUCUGUGUAUGUGCUAUGUACCUCGUCCAGUGUUCCUGUUCCCAGCCUUGCCCGUGUUCUGUGAGUUUUGUGUUCUACCCUGUCGUGUUGUGGUGUUAGACGUUUGGUCGUGUCCUUUAGUUUAGUUUUGCUGUUCUUGUUAUCAUUUUGCCCCCACGUGGGAAGUCUUUUGUUUUAUAUAUAUCUCUUAGUUUCGUUUUCCCCCAUUGUGGGUUUCCCCCAUUUUUGUUUCGUGUAUUAAUAAAGCCUUGUUGUGUUAACCCCU